AUGGCAGAGCAGACACCAAUAACAGAGCUCCCACUACCUCACUUUCUCAAGGUAGCUCUCGCAGACAAUGGGUACAAGACGGUCGACGAUCUCACACGAUCAACCGCGGUCGAUCUGUCUAUUGAGCUGAGCAUCGGCGUGCCUCAAGCAGAGGAUGUCUUGCGCCAGGCCCAGACAUUAACAGCUGGACCGUCCCGAGCUCCCCAGGCGUCGCCAGACCCAGCGCCAGCGGUGUCGCAGGUCCACUCGUCGACUGCGUCCGAACUCCUGCGGCCCUUGUCGAGGAUACGAUUCUCCACUAUGUCCGUCGCGCUAGACGAGCUCAUCGGGCAUUUCGCGCCGCCACGGCUCUUGCCGAGCGACCAUGGGACGCUCAACCUCAAGGGCAAGCAGCGCGCGUCGGCGCCGCUCGCUGGGCCGAUCGCGCCGGGCAUGGUGCUCGAGGUGUCAUCACCCCCUGGCGGCGGCAAGACCUCGGUUGCCAUUGCUGUCGCUCUCAGCGCCCGGCUGUUGGAAACGAGCGCCGAUGAGCUGUUGCAAGGGAGUGCCGAGGAGCCAGUCAGGCCGCCAGAGGUGCUGAUAAUCGAUGUCCGGGAUGUCGUCGACGGGAUCCACCUGAUCAGAGUGGCCACCCAAGUCCAGAUGAUCUCGCUCUUGCACACGCUGGAAGCUUGGAUAGAGGCACACCCAGAGGUUCUGGGCAAGAUAGCAACAGUGUACGGCUGUGCGAUCGUUGUAACCAACCAGCUGGCCACGAAGCUGCUCACGGCAGCCAACAAGCCUGCCAACUUCGAGACUGGGGACAGAGCAGUGCUGAUGCCUCAACUCGGCGAGACUUGGACCACGGAUCGAACAGUUCGCGUUGCAUUGUUCCGCGGCCCGCCGGGAGAUGACCUGCGGUACGCUCAUGCCUCCGCUGCCUCGACUACUGGCAUGGGCAGCGGGCUCCAGAAUGACAUUCCAUGGGCCCAAUUCGAUAUCGACUCCAACUUGGGUCUCCCAUCAUAUGCCUGA